GAUCUGGAGCGCUUGAAGGAUACGGGCGUCUACUUCGACCUCUACCACCCACUCGCCGCAGUCAGGCUCUACGAGCUGAGGGUGCGCAUGGCGCGGAAGAACGCGGAGAUCUUUAUGAAGGAUCUGCAGGAGAAGCGCUACGACGCCCUCCACUUGAGCACCCUCGCGCUGGGGCCCGGCGACCGCGAGGGUGCCGCGUGUCUCACCACGGGGCACAUGAAGCCACCCCACUUCGCUUUCGACCCAGACGUGAACUCCAUACUGAUCUGCAAGGCAGUGGACUCCACUUCCUACGUGAUGGAGGGGGGAGGAGAGAACUCCUUCUCGGCUUUCUCGGCCUCGUAA